CAUUGCCAUUGGAUAAGAUGAAAUAAGAUUGUGACUGUGUGCUGGAUAUCUUCAACAUGGUUGUUAUGAUGCAAGGACCAGGAGGAAUGCUACCAGGAGCUUAUGUGUCCAGGACAUGGACGCCUCUUCAAACCGACUCACCCUGUUUAGACAUGAGAGAUUAACUAAAGUCAACAGGGACGAAUCAGUAAGAUGCAUUAUCACCUUGACUACCAGCCCGAUCAAUAAGAAGCUCCGACUGAUCUCAGCCUCUGGUCGGGCGUUUCAUCAACAGUUUCUUGUCUUCUUGUAGUUGUCUUCUUGCCACUCGCAAAACAUGCGUCCUUCCCUUGCCACUGCGGUCCUGCCCCCCAGGACCCGCUCCCAUAACCCACCCAACCUAGCAGUUGGGGGCCGUGAACACUUGUCAGCUCCACGGAGGCGCAGCCCCCACCUGAGGCACACGCUCAGCCCGGACAACCUGAGGACUCUGGCGGAGAGAGGGGGGGCUGGCGGAGAUAACGUCUCUGUCAUCAGCAAUCCUAUCGGGCUUCCGCGGGCCAACAGUGACACGGACCUGGUGACGUCCCACAGCCGGUCCUCCCUCACAGCCUCCACUGUGGAGCACACGCUGAACCGGGGCCAGAAUCUGGUCAUCUCCUGGGACAUCAAGGAGGAAGUGGAUGCUACCGACUGGAUCGGGCUGUAUCACAUUGAUGAAACCAGUCCAUCCAACGUGUGGGACUGUAAGAACCGAGGGGUCAACGGCACCCAGAAGGGCCAGAUCGUCUGGAGGCUGGAGCCCGGGCUUUACUUUAUGGAGCCUGAGACUAAGAUCUGUUUCAAAUACUACCACGGUGUGAGCGGAGCCCUGAGAGCCACCACCCCCUGCAUAACUGUGAAGAACCCUGCAGUCCUGGCGGAGCAGGUGGGCAUCGAACAUCCACGGAAACUGAUUAGCUUUACUUUGACAGAUCUUCGUGCCAAUGGCCUGAAGAAAGGAAUGUUUUUCAAUCCGGACCCUUACCUGAAGAUGUCCAUCCACCCAGGGAAGAGGAGCGUCUUCCCUAUCUUCAGCCACCACGGACAGGAGCGACGAUCAGCCAUCAUCGCUAACACCACCAACCCCACCUGGCACGGAGAGAAGUACACGUUUGUCGCACUAAUGACUGACAUCCUGUACAUCGAGGUGAAGGAUAAGUUUUCAAAAAGUCGACCGAUCAUCAAACGCUUCCUCGGUCAGCUCACCAUCCCUGUGCAGAGGCUCAUCGAAAAAAUUCCCGGAGUCCAGACCUGGGUCAGAGUGAGAACGGCCAUUUUGGACCAUCAGUCGGCUUGUGGUCGUGGUGAGCGCAUGGCGUUGGGCCUGGCGAGGGAGAACAUCAACAGUAUGAUGGACGUGUCCUCCAAAGCCAGGGUGGAGGUGGACGUGUACGAGCUGCAGAAGGACUCCCAGUACGACACUACUGACACCAGUACGUCACUGUCUCACUCUUCUUUAUUUUCUCCAUCAACCUAUUCGUCUGCAAGCUCAUAG